GCGACAGCAUCCUGCCUUUCGUACUGCGACCCGACCUACGAACCGACCCCUCAGUCGUCAUCCCUGCGUCCGUUCAAAGCUAGGCACCGAUUAAAUCAAUUCGAUUUCCUUCUCUCCACAACUGAGAAUUGCUUAGGAACUACACCCGCCAUCAUGGGCAAGAAGAAGCGCAGCCAUCCCGACGUUGAGGAGCUCCUGGCGCGGCCAUGGUGCUACUACUGCGAAAGAGACUUUGAGGACCUGAAGCUGCUUAUCUCGCACCAAAAGGCAAAGCACUUUAAAUGCGAUCGAUGUGGUCGCCGAUUGAACACAGCAGGCGGUCUCGCCGUGCACAUGAACCAGGUGCACAAGGAAAGCUUGGACAAGGUCGAGAAUGCGCUGCCGAAUCGUGAUGGUUUGGAUAUUGAAAUCUUCGGUAUGGAGGGUGUUCCGGAGGAUAUGUUGGCCCAGCACAGAACGCGCAUCAUCACAAACUACUACGAGGCCCAAGAGGCCCGACGCGCCGCCACAGGCAACCCGCCGCCGGGGCAAUCGGGUGGUCAAGGCCCGGCCAAGAAGAUCAAGAUCGAGACGCCCGAGGAGAUUAAGAAGCGUUUGGCCGAACACAAAGCCCGCCGCGCACUGGGACAGACAAAUGGAAAUCCUGGCUCAGAUGUGCCAAAUCCUGCACAAAGCGCAAGCCCGGGAUCAUUUUCAACCCCUUUCAACGCCCCUCCUCAAUAUGGUCAGCCUGGAUACAACAUGCAACAAUACCCGGGAUACCCAGCUUCUACUCUUCCUACAAGACCUCCUGGGGUUGGUGUCGCUGCUCCACAAGCACUCCCGCAAAGGCCACCAUACGGCGCUCCUGGAUUCCCACCUCCCGCAGGUGCAGGGAUGCCGUCUACGCUCGAUGACCUUGUCUCUGGUGCCGCGCAGAGUGCGGGUGGCCGCAGUGGCGAUGAUAUCGACAAGAUGAUUAGGCUAGCGGAGGCUGGGGUCAAGCCGGCUGGCGAGGGCGCCGCGGACCCCAAGAGCAAGAAGGACAAGAGCUCAAGGAUGAUGGUGGCGAACUCGACGUUCAGCUUGGAGGAAUUGAUGGUACAGCAAUGGACAACCUCAGCAGGCGCGGCAAUAGCCGUAUGAAGCUUCUAAAUGCAUCGACGAUCACAGGUCGAGAUGAACGGAACGCUUGACAAGCAGAGACCGCGGUCCAUCAUGUUACUGCCUUGACUCACGCAACUGGCGCAGAACUGCGAAAGACAUGAUUUCUAACGGUAUACUAUUGCUUAUCAAUUUGACUCGAGAUGGCCUUCGGUAUAAGAUCAACCGAUGAUGUGGGUGCCACUUGCGCACGGUUCGAGAGAACUUGACCGCUAGCAUGUACGGGCGGACAAAAUCUGGUUCACACAUGUUGAAGCAAGCCUGGUUUGUGGAUUUUUCUCUCCCGGCUAAAUACACUGCUGCAUGUUGGG